UCCAGAGACGUCAGUCAAUUCCCGUUCAGUCUUGGUCGAUUUCUGUGCUCAGCAUCUUCUUCACAUUCGUCCUUCCCAAUUUAUCGUCAUGUCUUUCGUUGGAAAGUGGAAACUCACCACCCAGGAGAACUUUGAUGACUACAUGAAGGCUAUCGGUGUUGGUAUGGCCAACCGAAUGCUGGCCAAGGCCGCCACUCCGCAGGUGGAAUACACUGUGGCUGGUGACAACUGGACGAUCGUGACGACCGGAUUGAAGGAUACGACGGCCAAAUUCAAGGUGGGCGUCGAGCAGGACGACGAGACGACCGACGGCCGCAAAGUCAAGACCGUCUACACUCUUGAAAGUCCAACCAAAUUGGUCCAGAAGGAGAAAUGGGACGGCAAAGAGGCCACCCUCAUCCGUGAAGUCAACGGUGACGAGCUCAAAGUGACCAUCACUCUGGACGCUGUUGUUUGCACCCGCAACUACAAACGCGUUUAGAUGUUCAACAGUUCAAGUUGGAAAUUUGAAUUUGAAAAAAGAUUAUCAGGAUGCCGUUUGUGUGUAUACAAAGAUUUUAAUACACUUGAAAAAUACAGUGACGAAAACAAACAA